AAAAAAGAAAGAAAGAAAAUGUGGGUUAACUUGGAGUCAAAGUAAUCUCUGAGGACCGGUUUCUUCCAAUUCUCUCCUUUUUCAGCUUCUUUCCCUACAGUCAGCGAUGGCCAGAGACGCCGCCGGCGAGCUUCCGGCGAUGGAGAAUCUUCACUACCGCCGGAAACUUCUCUGGUUGCACGACUCUGGCCGCUUGUCGGAGGUUUUGUCGGAAGGGUUUUGUGGUAAUUGCCAUCUUCUUCUUCAAGAACGCCUUCGCCUUCUGAUUCGCACAACAAGACGGCGGCACUACCCCGGCGACUUCACCCCAGAAAGCUGCGACCAUGACUGCAACUCAGAAGUCUCCUAUCAUGGUAACGACAACACACCGGAAAGCCACCACCACCACCGCCACCGAUCACCUAAACGGGAUUCCUACUCGGCGGAGAACAGGAACAAGAGGAAGAGGGGAAUGCCUGAGUAUGCUGGUGCAGAUUUAGCAUUGGAUGAUGGAAUUGCUGGAGUUUCAUCUGGUGAUGCACGGGAAAGCCGCCACUAUCACCGCCACCGAUCACCUGAACGGGAUUCCUACUCGGCGGAAUACGGGAACAAGAGGAUGAGGGGAUUGCCCGAGUAUUCUGGUGCAGAUUUAGAAGUGGAUGAUGGAAUUGCUGGAGUUUCAUCUGGUGAGGAUUUAUAUGAAGAACAGAAGGAGAAGAUAAGAUUUGCAAAUGUGAGGAAGCAGGAGUUUGUUCAUAGGGAAAGAAUAGAUGGCAAAGUGACCAAUAUUCUUGAAGGGCUAGAGCUUCACAGCGGAGUUUUCGACAAAGAAGAACAGAAGAAUAUUGUCGAUUACGUUUACCAUUUACAACACAAGGGACAAAGAGGCGAACUUAGAGAGCGGACAUAUUCUGAACCUAGAAAGUGGAUGCGAGGCAAAGGAAGAGUUACCAUACAAUUUGGAUGCUGCUACAACUAUGCUAAGGAUAAAAAAGGAACCCCACCUGGUAUAGUAAGAGAUGAGGAAGUUGAUCCAUUGCCUUCUUUGUUUAAGAAGAUGAUCAAGAGGAUGGUGAAAUGGCAUAUUCUACCGAGGACAUGCGUCCCCGAUAGCUGCAUCGUAAACAUUUACGAUGAAGGGGAUUGCAUUCCUCCUCACAUUGAUCACCAUGACUUUCUUAGACCCUUUUGCACCGUUUCGUUUCUAACUGAGAGUAACAUUUUGUUCGGCUCUCGUCUGGAAAUUCUUAGUCCUGGAGAGUUCUCUGGUCCUGUCUCAAUUCCCUUGCCUAUGGGUUCUGCGUUGGUUUUGAGUGGUAAUGGAGCUGAUCUUGCUAAGCAUUGUGUACCCAGUGUCUCAGCUAAAAGGAUUUCGAUCACAUUCCGGAAAAUGGAUGACAGGAAACUGCCAUACAGGUUUUUGCCUGAUCUUGAACUUCAAAGAAUCAAGCCACUCAACUUAUCACAAUUUCUAGAGGAGGGGGAGGAGGAAGAGAUUGUUCAAGCAGAAGAUGGUGAAAGAAAACAGAGGGAUCAUCACCAUUUUCACUCACCCAUGCCACUGGAUUUAACUCAAUGGCAAGAGGAGGAAAGGAAAAAUGUUCGAGUGAAAGAAGGUAAAAGAAAACAGAGGGAUCAUUACCAUUAUUAUUCACCCAAGCCACUGGAUUUAACUCGAUGGCAAAAGGAGGAGAAGAACGUUCAACUGGAAGAAGGUGAAAUAAAACAGAGGAUCCAUCACAAUUAUUAUACACCCAAGCGAUCCUCUCAAAGAAGCAAACGUCAGAGGUAUGAAGUUGGUCUCUGGUGAAGAAACAGAAACUAACCAUGACAACAAAAUCAACCAGGCUCCAUAUCUCAGAACCACUUCGACUAAUUGGAAGUCAAUAAAUCAAGAUUAUCAAAUUGCAAUUUUGUACUCAUAAUUACACUUGUAGGAACAUUGGCUAUAUAAAGUAUGAAUUAGUAGUUUAUUAUAUAGGCAUUAAUUUUAGUGUUCCAGAAA